UCCCGAGAACGGUGCAGGGCGGUCAAGAUGCAUCUCUACCUUUCAGAAGGUCCUCGGACUCUGUACCUCGUUACUAGCUCAGAAGACGAGAGAUCUGGUCGACCGAGGCGAGCUCUCGUCUUUCGCGCGGCAGAAGGCAGUACCUCGAAAGCUAUCGUUGAAUUCCUCCAGAAAGAUGAUGUUGACUUCUCGAAUGCCGUUCGACUGUCCAGUCGGGCUAUCAAAGGAUGCCUGGGACUAAUAUCCGUCUCAAAUGAGAUGUUCCUAGCGGUGGUAACGUCAGCUACUGAAGUAGGCAAUACGAGACCAUCAGCAUCCUCUCCGGAGUCUGUCGCUCGGAUACACGAUGUCUCCUUCUACAGUCUCACUUCCUCCACCUGGGAUGAUCUCUCUGCUGCGGCCGAUGCUUUACCCAGUCCCAGCUAUACCGACUCUGUGGACAUGCUGAUGAUGCAGAGAAAUGAGGCGUCCAGCGCCCAGAGCUCUGCGGCUGCUGCGUUUGAACAUCCCUGUGCCCCGCUGACCAAAAUUCUCUCCUCUGGUUCGUUUUACUAUGCGUUGGAACCUUACUGGGAUAUUUCGUCCCGCCUAUCCCAGCGGCUGUCCCGAGACCGCGUUAGCAUGAAGGACAUCAACACGUUCGACGAGCGAUUCGUUUGGAACGAGUACAUCGUCCGUAGUUUGCUGGAUUUCCGGGAUAGAUUGGACCAAGACGAGCGAAAUGAUCUUGAUAGGUGCCAGUUUAUCAUUCUCACCAUCCAAGGAUUUGUGGGGCUCUUUACCUUAGCCCUGCCCGCUCCGCCGACCAACGGGUCGCCUACCGUAGCCACUCUCACUUUAAUAUCGCGCUUAGGGUGGAAACGUGCAGGCACAAGGUUCAAUACGCGUGGCGUCGAUGACGACGGAAAUUGUGCUAAUUUUGUCGAGACGGAAACGCUAUUCAGCACGGAUCAGCAUUGCUUUAGUUACGUACAAGUGCGCGGUAGCAUCCCACUAUUCUGGGAGCAGCAAGGUUUGCAGACAUUUGGACAACGCAUUCAAAUUACCCGUCCGCAAGCGUCGCAGCCGGCAUUUGAACGUCAUUUUGCUCAGCUGACAGAAGAAUAUGGUGCUGUUCACGCCAUCAACCUGCUGAGUACGAAGGAGAGCGAAGCAAGUUUGACCGCUGCAUAUGCACGGCACAUGCAAAUUGCCCACAAUGUCUUCGGUGCCGACGUAGAUAUGACACACUUUGAUUUCCACAACGCCGUCCGGAUAGGGGGACAUGAUAGUGUCAUCCGUGAUCUGAGACGCCUCGAGGGCAUAAAUGAUAACAUGGAAAGGUUUGGAUUCACCAUGUGCGACUCAGCUACAGACGAGAUCAUCACCGAACAGAAAGGUGUCUUCCGAACAAAUUGCCUAGACUGCUUGGAUCGCACGAACUUCGUGCAAGACAUAUUGUCGAGGGCGACUCUGGAGCAGUUCUUGACUUUGGUCCGGAGGGAGUGGCUCCGCGCGGGCUCUCUAUGGUCAUAUCAUCGAGAACUGUGGGCUGAGAAUGGAGAUGCCUUGUCUCGCAUAUACGCGGGUACGGGGGCGUUGAACACGAGCUUUACUCGCAGUGGAAAGAGAACCCUAGCUGGCGUGCUAUCUGAUGCCACGAAGAGUGUUUCCAGAGCUUACAUCAAUAAUUUCCAGGACAAGAACAAGCAAGUGGCGAUUGACAUGUUCUUGGGGAAUCUUAGUGACCAAAGACAAGUGACGGUGUUCGACCCUAUUCACGACUCCGUUCGUGCGGCGUUGGAGCAAAGGUUGUCGGAGUACUCCACGACAAAACAGUGUACCAUAUUCGCUGGGACCUGGAACCUCAAUGGCCGGCCCCCGUCCUCGGAGUCGCUCUUGCCCUGGCUAUUUCCUCAAAUAAAUGUCCCGGAACCAGAUAUCUUCGUGAUAGGGUUCCAGGAAGUUGUUCCCCUGACUGCCCAACAAAUCUUGCAGACUGACCCUGAGAAGAGGAGAAUAUGGGAGGCCAAACUCUUGGAAACGCUCGCGCGGCAUCCAAACAAGAAGGAAGAGUAUGUCAUCCUGCGAAGCGAGCAGUUGGUUGGGACGGCCCUUAUUGUUCUUGUCAAAGCCCAGUUGACUUCAGUCAUCCGCAAUGUCGAAGCCACAACCCGUAAGACUGGCUUGCGAGGCAUGUCUGGUAAUAAAGGAGCCGUCGGGAUACGUCUAGAUUAUCAUGAUACCAGCUUUUGCUUCCUCACGGCACACCUGGCUGCUGGGCAUAGCAAUAUCCAAGAACGAAAUGCUGAUUACUGGACGAUCGUCAAUGGGCUACAGUUCCUCAGAGGAAAGACUAUCAAGAGCCACGACAAUGUCAUAUGGUUGGCAGACACCAACUAUCGCAUCGAUCUAGAGAAUGAGACCGUCAGAGCUCUUGCCCUUUCCGACAAUCUUGAUGCGUUGCUUGCAGCAGAUCAGCUGAAACAAGUGAUGGACGCCAAGGCCGCAUUUGUGGGAUUUGAGGAAGGUCCCAUCCUGUUCCGACCAACAUACAAGUACGAUGUGGGAACAGACAAUUAUGAUACCAGCGAGAAGAUGAGAAUACCUGCAUGGACGGAUCGUAUCCUGUAUAAGGGUAAGCAGUUAGACCUUACGGUUUACUCAAGAGCGGAAUUACGGAGUUCGGAUCAUCGACCUGUUUUCGCUGUAUUCCGGGCCGAGAUACGGAUAAUUGACAGCAUUAAACGGGCCGCACUUUCUCGCAUGCUUCUGGACAGUGUCACCUCCACCGCUCCGGGUGAGAAAUUGGAUGAGAAACUUGCUUCAUUAACUUUCCAUCAGGAUGACACGGACCUUCCACCGCCAAGUUCCGAUGACGCAGCAUGGUGGGAUAGCCCCGAUCACCCGAAUGGAGUUUUCAAUGUAUCGGAGAGCAGCGUCUCAACAGGGCCACAAUCCAGGAACCCGUUUGAUUCUCCGAGCGACUCUCCCCUCUCAAGCUCACCGUCCUCAUCAGAUGAGGAAUUAUAUGCACAUGCACUGCAAUUGCCGACACCUAUGGCACCCACUGUCGCUGGACGAAAACCACCACCUCCGCCUCCACCACGGAGCAACAGACCAUCUCGGCAGAACGGCGAUGCAGCGUAAGACCCUUCCCUGGGUUAUUCUACAAUGACAGUACUGUACGGAGGGUGGCCCAAGAUAUCGAGUGCAUCUAACUUGCGAGAGGCAUCCGUAAAACUUCAUAAGAGUGACUGCGUGCAGACAAAUCGACCGAUACUAGAUAAGGCCUUGCUUCUUCAGAUCUUCGUAUGUCUUGCGGUUGUACACAUUGCCUUCAUCAUCCUCGAGUUCUUCCAUCGUCUCUUGCUCGAAUAUUUCAUGACGGCCUUCUCGCUUUAAUCGUUCAGCCAAGGCCAGGGCAUCUUCAAUCCUAGUAAUCUCAUGGAAGUGCUUUGUAUUCGGGAGUCCAAGAGCUCGCAUUCCGAAAGCGUGCCUUGAUUCCUGGAAGUGUCGCUCAAAAUUCUUCCUUCCCAUGUACACAUGAUCCGAGCAGAUCUCACACCGAUAUUCAACCCCCAAACCGUGAAGUUUGUACAGCCAAUAGGGAAUAGGUUUGCCAUCCCAUCCUAAGGGUAGUUUCAAGGGGUUGUAUAUCCGCUCUUCCUCUUCCUCCUCCUCCCCUUCGCCUUUGGCAGCGGGUGGCGGAGCCGGUUUCUUAGAUUGCUCGACGAGUUCUUGCUCACGUUCUCGAGCGGUGAGAGAGAAUCUGCGCUCGACAUUGGACUUCGUGUCGUUGAGUGUGGGAAUUAGCGAGCGCAACAGUGCAGUCGAGAGAUAGGUGUAAAGCGCGGCAGAUCGAUGCUUUGCAGCAUUUGACUUCUGGGGAACCAAAGAGGGAGGCGGCAUAGACCCGGAGCGCGUACCAUUGGGAUUUUGUGGAGGCGCUUCAGCGGUUGCUUGCUUGGCCGUAGCCUUGAUGUGUCGCUUUGAGGUCAGAUGAGCGUCAUAGACAGUCUGCUUCGCGUAAUGUUUCUGACAUGCGGCACACCACACACCACCUUCCGAGCCAUUGGCAUCUGGCUGGGUUUUGGAACGAGCUUCUUCCCAAUCCGACAGCUCUCCCGCCUCCCAUUUCUUAUUGAAGUCCUCUGCAGCUUCCUUUUGCGCUGUAUCGACGUCCACAAGAGGUUGCGUCCUUUUCGUGAAAGAAAGUAGAUAAGCAUGCAGAGACUUGAUGUAUAGCUCAUAAUCUCUUGAUAGUCGAACUUCUUUGGGCAAGUCUGAAUGAAUAGGACCAUUCUGGGCGGCAAUGAGAAUGUCGAGGUACUGAAGAUAGCCAAGUCGUUUGCCAACAUUCUUGAUGUUGUUGUAAGUAUUAUGAUUGGCGUACAGGUCAAGGUAUUUCCCAUAAGCUUCCUCACCCGAGAACAACAGGGCGAUUGGGUCUUCCUGCUCCUCGUCUUCGUCCUCUCCCUCGACCUCCUGUCCUUCCUCCAGAAACGCCGCGAGUUCCAACUCAAAUCCCCCUGCUACGGAGUCAGGGUACUUGGCAUAGUGCUCCUGGAUUUUCACCAACCGCGAAUAGAACUCAGAUAGGUCGUCGUGCUUUGAGGAAGCAGACAAUGAUUCUAUCUCGGCAUUCCUAGUAUCUUGGUCCUGAUAGAGACCAUCCAGAGCAGUUACGCGAGAGCCAAUACGGUCUAGGAUUUGAGAUGCUUUGUGUUCCGUCUGCAGCCGUUGUUGGUGGUUUGGGUUUGGCUUGGACAGCAACUGGUACAAAGCUCUUUCGUAGCGUUCUAUCUCCUCGUGGGUC